GCUCCUUUGUGGCUUACAUGGGCAGCGUGGUCACAAUGUAGUGUUACUUGCGGUAGAGGAACACAGACGAGAUAUAGAGACUGUAAUACCACCGAGACAAACCCGAUAGAUUGUAUUGGAGACAGCGAAGAAACCACGUUAUGUGAACUAGAGCCCUGUCAUUGUACCAUCAAUUCAACAGCCCAUGAAGGGUGGACUAUUGAUUCCGACGGCAUCAUUGUAGUUUUUACUGUUGGGGAUACUGUCAUUGAGGGUACCGUUAUACACAGAGACUGUUCCAUGUGUGAAUGUAUUGGAACAAACUUGAUAUGCAUCCAAACAGAUUGCCAAUACUGCAGGUACACGGACUGGGAACCGUGGUCUGACUGUACAAAAUCGUGUGAUGUAGGCCUGAGGUCAAGAUCAAGGGAACUCCUUCCGAUCCAGAAUUGGGAAAUGUGCAUAUUAUGCAAUGGGUCGAGGGAAGAAAUUGAGGAUUGUAAUACACAAUCAUGCAGCGGAUGGAGUGCAUGGGUGCCAUGGUCUGGGUGUUCUGUAUCUGAGCCUUGUACCUUUGGAAUAAGAACUAGAAAUCGUGUGUGCACGGGUACCGGUUGCGAAGGAGACGGACUGGAAAUCGAGCCGUGCGGUGAACCGUGCGACGAAGCUGAAUCGAACUGCACAAACGACAGAGUGUGGUCAAACUGUGCCUCACAUGUUGAUCAAACUUGCGGGGGUCUCUCAACAUUUUUCACGGAGUGGGAUACGUGUGACACUGGCUGUGUAUGUAAGCCUGAUCUUAUAUUACCAACAUCAAGUGGAAGUUGUAUAUCAGACUCUAUCUGUCCUUGUUAUACUGAAGAUGGCCAAGCAGUCCCACAAGGUCAAUCUCUCGUUAAAGGGUGUAUAACUUGUCAUUGCAAUGGAACGAAUCAACAGCUAGACUGCACAACAAUUACAAACUGUUGUGAAUGGACCCAGUGGACGUCCUGGGGAUCUUGUGAUGUAACAUGUGGUACAGGAACAAGACAGCGCUAUAGGGAAUUAAUAAGUGGAGAAAACUGUGGACCUGAUGUAGAAACUGAACAUUGUACUGUAGAAUGUCCAGCAGAUUGCAUUGUUGAUGGUAACGGGUAUUACUGUGGUAAUACCACAUCGGAGAACUCCACGCAUACAUGCUAUUGCACUGUCGAGAACACCAUAAGUUGUGUCAAAAAUAUUCCGGCAAAUGAUACAUGUCGGAAAUACACAAAGAUGGAAAUUCUAUAUGACGCAGUUGGCGAUUGCCAUUCUGCAGGUGAAAUACCAGUGGAUUAUUGUACAGGUAGCUGCGGAAAUAGCACGUUUGAAACCGUGCUUGUGUUGUCAGCUGAUUCGGACGGAGGCCAAUCAGUAAAUUGUCCUUGUUGUACGGGAACGUUCUAUGAUGAAAAAGAACAGAUUGAAGCAGUGUGUGGACCAACGAAGGAACCAAGAGUGGCAUAUAUUCCAAGGAUCAAAGAAUGUUCGUGCAACCCGUGCAGCGGUGCGACGUCAGUGUCGUUGCCAUCUACUACUACAGCAGUUCGAUAACUACAAGAGAUCUUCUUUUAUAUACACAUUGUGAUAGAACACAUUCAGAUAAAUAAUGUACUGACGGAUUAUAUAUAGAG